AUGCAUUAUAAAAAUGAAUUAAUAAUGAAAAAAGGUUCAAAAGAGAAAAUCACUGAAUUGAUUAACAAAAAUUGUUUAAGUGAAGGGGGUUGUAAAGACUUGAAGAGAAUACAUAUAGAAAACAUAGGUAAUGAAACUCAAAAAAAAAACUAUAAGCAGUUAAUAAAAAAAAUAGAAGAUAUAAAUGAGUCAGAUAGCAAAAAAAAUUAUAUUAAAAACUAUACUAUUUAUGGUGACAAACUAAAAAGUGAAAAAUUAAUUUCAGAAAAAUUGUAUGAAAAUAUAGAUCAAAUAAAAUGUGGUUUAAUUAGUGAGAAAAGUAUAAAAUACUUGGAAAAUUUAAAAGAGAAUAAGUUCAAUAAUCAAAAUUAUAAUAAUAUUGAACAUUACAAUAUUAUGUCAAGCACAGAUCCUUCUUUGUCUUCAAACAAUAGUAUAACAAAAAUGUAUGAAACAAAUUAUGAUUAUUUCACCAAAAUUAAAGAUAUAAAAAAUGAACUAUCAUGUGUACCUAAUUCAGAAAUUAAUUUGAUAACGAACUACAAUACUAAUAAAAAUAAUGUUUCAUUAAAACAUAUAUAUUUAAGUAACAGAAACAUAAAAAUAACUGGAAAAUCGAAUGAAAAUAUUUCAGUGAAUCUAAAAAAAAUGAAUGAAAAAAAAAUUCUAAAAGAUAAUGAAAAUUUACAUAAAUAUAAAGACAGUUCAUCAUAUAAAUCACGUUAUACUUAUUUAAAUCAAACUAAAGGCAAGAUCCCUACGAAAAAGAAUGAAAUUAAUUUCAAUCCUCAUACAUGCAAUAAUAGAAAUAUUCAAAUAAAUUAUGACCCAACUAAUAAAUUAUUCAACAAAAAUAUUACUUUUUUUAAAAAUUUUAGUAAAAUGAACAAUGAAGAAACUCAUAAAAUAAAGUAUAUGUCAAAAUAUAAAAACUAUUUAAAAAAUUCAUAUAAUAUAAAUAACCCAUAUGUAAAAGAAAAAUGCAUGAAAAAAAGAAAUAAUUGUAUUUUUUUUAGGCGAUAUAAUUCGAAAAACUUCAAAUAUACCAAGAGUUAUUAUAGCCCCUUUAUUGUGCAAAACUUAAAAAAAAAUCAGAAUAUAUUUAAUGAUAUUAUUAAUUAUCCUUAUAAUAAAAAUACGAAAUAUAAAAAUUUAUCAAAUAAUUUCACUGAUUAUAGACCCAGAAAAAGUAAAGGGAGUCAUAAGAAAAUUACUUGUAAAAAUAAAUACAUAUAUGCUAAAAAUUUAUUUUCUAAAUUAAUGAAAAAGCUUAGACUAUUGGGAUAUGCACUAUUUUUUUGCUUUUUUAUCAGCAAUAAAACUAAAACAAUGAAAGAAAAGACAGAAUUUUAA